CCCGCCCGCCCGACCGACUGAGACCUCGCACGCCGCAGGCCCGUUCACACUCAGCCCGCGCCGUAACCCUAUGAUGACCACAGUCUUUUGCUGAUCCCAGCGCAACUCUCACACUUCCUUCUUAAUUCAGCUAAUGUGUUGGUCAACCCACACUUACCUCCAUCACCACCCCACAUCUUCCUUGGAAUGAAGACUGUAGCUACAAAGAGAGAUUGUGGAUUCCCACUGCUUUGAUUGUUGAGGAAAGUUGAGAAGAGAAAAGAUCUACAUUCCAGGGAAUGUGUAGCCUGUCCAAUUCAGAAACUGAAGCACAGAUUAACUGACAGCAUCUCCCAGUGAACACAACAUCCUGUAACACGAAUGUCGCAGCAACGGGAGGACAACCCUGUGAUAUCGUCUGAUUCACAAGGGUCACAACUUCCUCCGCCUCCACCUCCACCUCCGCCUCCACCAGAAUUUUCCAACCAAUCAUUAUUACCUGCCAAAAGAUUGUACCAAGUUCUUGCCAAAGGGCAAUUGCAGCAAAGAAGUGACCGAGAAGAACUGAAGAAGCUGUUGCAGAACCGAUCCAACAGUUUUGGUAAAGAGUUGAACUGGUUACUAAUCAAUGCACCCAUACCCUCGAUGAUCCAGGAUGGUCCACAGUGCGGCCUGGUUGCCCUUUGGAUGGCUGGACACUUGCUGAAUGCACCACAACCUGUGAGUCUGGAGGACAUUGUGAACUGUGCCAUAGAGAAGAACUACACCGCUCAGGGAGAGAUGUUCUCAGGUGAUAAUAUGGUAAAGCUGGCAAAAGAAGUUUUUGCAUGUCACGGGGAAGUGCUCUCUGGUGGUUUAUUGGGCAUUAACAAAACCCGAAUACUGCUUCAUCUGAAGGCUGGAUAUCCUGUGUUAAUACCCUACGAUGAAGAUUUCAACCACGAGCCCUGCCUGAGGAAAGGACACAGAGCUCACUGGGCAGUGGUGUCAGGAGUACUGCUGGGAUUGAGAUGUGAACUGCUGGAGGAUGUCUAUGAGAAGGAUCCUGAUAUCCCUGGUCUCUACUACCUGAAGGGAGGUGCGAGCAGAGCUUCCUGCUGUGAGGACUGUGUUGUUGAGUCCCACCUGUUGGCCAAGCAAGGGAAGAGCCUGAAGUACCAGCUAUGGGAGUAUGAGCUGGUUCACAGGAGCAACGUGCAGCUGACAGAACUCAGCCCAAAGCGAGACAACGAUGGAACGUCCUACAUUAUACCCGAGGGUGGUGUGAAGCUGGGACUUUGUGGGGUUGUGAUUCUUCUACAGCCAAUAUUUUCAGAAACAAAGUUGACAGCUUCCAUUACUAAUAAAUAAGAAAAAACUCCCAUUGUAACUUGUAGACCACAUCUCUACUACUGUAUAUAACUCCCAUCAGGUUUUUUUUUACCCCUUCAGUUCCUUAGCUCUACCCCCGAUUCAACACCUUCCAAUCCUAUGCCACCUUUCUCAUGAUUUGAUUUCAUUUUUUAAACAACAAAGCUAUGCUACCCCUUCUGCCGGUCCUUUCAAUACAAUGCUAGGACAUCAAGAUCUCAGCUAGAAUCUUCUUUCAGCCAUUUUUCACUGAAUUCUACAUUAUACAUGCUAAUCUGUAACUGUGCUACAAGUUCAUCUACCUUCUUCUGUAUACUGCAUACACUCAGUGUAACACUUUUAGUCCUGUAUUCACCCUUCUCGAUUUUGUCCACCUUUAACAUUGCAACUCAUCUUGUUGACUGCAAUUUUACCCUGUCAUUUGCUAGCAGUCUCACUACAUGCUACCUGUUUGUAAACCAGAUCCUUGGCACUGUCCCUCCAAUUCCCCUCUUCCUACCAAAUUAGUUUAAACACAUCCAAACUGCUCUGGCAACCCUGCCUGCAAGGAUAUUGGUCCCCUCAGGUUCAGCUGCAACCCAGGUACCUUCCCCAAAAUGGGAUCCCAAUGAUGCUGGAAUCUGAACUCCUGCCUCCUGCACCAAUUCCUCAGCCACACAUUUAUCUGCCAAAUUAUCCUAUGCUUACCCUCAAUGCUGAUGGCAUAGGCAGCAAUCCAGAGAUUACUACCCUGGAGGUCUGUUUUUCAGCUUUCUACCUGCCUCCCUAAAAUCUCUCUUCAGAACCUCCUCACCUUUCCCACCUGUCAUUGGUGCCAGCAUGUACCAAAACUUCUAACUGUUCACCAGUCCCCUUUAGGAUGCUCUGGACCUGAUCCGAUCCCAGACAUCCCUGACCCUGGCAACGUACCAUCCGAGUGUCUCCAUCAGAAUCUCAUCAAGGAAAACUCUGAUCUCAAACCUUCAUUAACUUGAAGUCAUACCCACUCUCAGGGAAGGACUUGGGCGUUAACCCAGAGGGAAAAUCUGGAGCUGGAAUUCUUAACUCAACUACAUUGAAUUCAACACUGACUGGUAAUUCCUGCAACGUCACUGGUGCCAUACUGUACUGUUCUCACCAUUUCUUUGGAUUCGUCAGCUGCGUGGAGAGGGGGAGCCUGAUGCAUGGGAACAGCUUGCUCUCCCUAUUGUACUGCCCUUGCUUGCAUAUACAGCUAGGAUGCAACAUCCAUGGUCAACACCAACCAAAUGAAGGCCUAAUUAGGCUAGCACAUUAUGGGCCAAAGGGCCGGUAUUGCUCUAUCGUCCAAGUGUAUUCACUGCUUUAAUGAAGGAAACUAGAGAGCUUCACUCCGAGUCCUGAGAUGAUGAUUGGGGAUCAGGACAAGAGUGCUACGUUGUACUCUGUUUAUCUGAAAGGGGAGAUUCCUCUGAACACUUUAUUCAAAGGACAAUUCCUCCAUUGUACAACAAUCACACAAUACUACACCAGGCAUGUAAAUUGAAUAAUGCUAACUUUAUUUUUAACUGUAUGGUUGGAGAGGAAUUAUUAAUCUGUUGCUGAUAUAAUGGGGACUGUAACACACUGCCCGUACUUCAAAUUUCUGCCACAAUAAAACACUGACAUUCUCAGUUUGUGGCUCAUGAGCACCCAUAUAGCAUCUUGGAGAAUUACUACAAAGGCAGAUUUAUAAUCCUUUUGAUCAAAUAUUUAACUCACUUCUCCAAGUCACACACCUUGGCACUCACACUAACAUAACAUCUGUAUUCUCUUAUUGACGGAAUUAGUUGGCCAGGGUCUCAGCAGUUCUGGUGUCUGAAUUGAAAAUACUCUACCCUCAUCAGAGCAGUAACUGCUCCACGAGUAACAUGAAUGGUUUAUACUUGCCUGAGCACAGGAAAUUAUGUGACAUGUGACAUCUAGAAAUCCAGAUUCAGCAAGUAAAGCACAUUUCAUCACUCUUCAAGCAAGCUGGAGUGGAGCUAGAUUCAAUGGGAGGUAUUGAAGGUGUAACAGGAUGACAUUUUUCAAGACACAGAAUCUAACACUAGAGGUAGCAGCCUAUGAGUCAAUCUAAUCAACCCUUCUCUACUCAGAGCCCUGCACGAUUCUUUGUUGCUUGAUUGUUUCCUCCACAUCUACUUCUGCUUCUAUGCUAGUGGGGGUAUGUCAGAUAAUAGUUGGCUUCAUAAAGAACACUCCUCUCUUUAGUUGACAAGCUACACCCAGUACUGCAAGUUCUAUGUUCGCUACCUCUAACAAGUGGUUCAGUGAGGCAUCAGAAUUACAUUCCUUUAACUUGGAAACAAAAUCUGUUCUGGACAUGAAAGGGAAGCAGUCCUGAUGAAAUAAUUGCAACACUGAUUAACUAUAGUUUUUUUAUUUCCUCCGUGUGUGUUUAUAAAUAGAUAUUAAAAAUAUUCCCCUCAGUGGUAAGCAGAUUCACCACAGAUUUGUCCAUCAGCUCGACUUCCCUGCAAAUUCAAAACCCAGGAAUGAGGCAACAAACCUCAGUUAAUUAUACAGGCAGUCCAGUAGAAAAAGUUCAGCUAUGAUGAAACAGCUACAUUCCACGUCCAUUCCUCAGGGAAUGGAGAGUCCCAGGUGUUCCUUCCCUUCCCCAAGGUCCUACCUUCAUUGGAAAUUAGAUAGUCACAUCCUCUUUGGGGAGACUAAACUAUCUUGUGACCCCUCACUCAGGGAAGGGUGCAUGCACACAGCUUUAUACCACCCCCUGUUGUUCAGCGUGAUAUCCCACCCACACC